AUGAACUCGGUGGAUGACUUGUCGGAGGAUCAAAUUCGGAAAAUGGAGCUAUUGAAGGCUGAGAGCGUCGCAGCGCCGCCGGUGGUGGAGCUACCGAGGCGGGCGGGGCGAAAACUCAUGAAUGGGGAGGUUCAGGAGGUGGACUCGGUGAUUGAGAUGUUGAGGAUGGCGAUGGAGGCGGUGCUUCAUACAGCGGAUAAGUUGAGGACGACGGCGGCGGAGAGCGUGGUGAAAAUACUAAAUCCAAUCCAGAAUGUGAAGUUCUUGGCUGCCGCAACUCAUCUUCAGCUUAGGAUUCGGAUGCUAGUAAUGCAGAGAGAGGCUGAGCAAAGGGCAAACAAUGGAGGUGGUGAGUUUUGA